AUGCUGUCAGCAACCCGCGUGUUCCGCAUCGUGUACAAAACCUUUUACCUCCUCCUUUACAUCCUACUGCUUAUCCUCUUACUCGGCUCACCGGCGGACAUCAUCUACCAGUCGCUAUGGGUGCCACCCAAACACGAAUACUUUGUUAUUGUGCUAUCCACCGCAUACCUUGUCACGGUCUUAAUCGUCUCGUUUGUAUACUCGAUGCGACUAUGGAUCAACCGGGGAGUCUUGGCUGCCAUUCCGAGAUCGAGAAUUCCGAUCGAUAAAGGCGACGUGCCGUCUUCAGUUCGCAAGGAGAUCAUCUCUGGGCUAAGUCGGAGUGCUUCGACUGCCUUUGACGCACGGCCUCGUGUUCUCCCGCCUUCGUUGUCGGCCCCGUUUGGAGCUCAUGGCGGUCAAUACGGGCGGGGACAAAACGAAUCAUCUACAGGAGUUACGUCAGAUGGGGGUCGGUCGGGGACCCCGCAAGAAAAGCAGAAGAAGCGGUUCAAGUUCACGAGCUUGAAGAAGACAUCGACAGUCGGGACCGAAGUGGGAGUAAGCUUCCCCCCGCCCAAACCGGUCUGGGGAGAGAUCGAGCACAACGGCUGGGGCUCGCCGCUUUCGCCUGAUUUUCCUACGCUUGAGUACGCCACAGUUACCUCGGAGCUGGCCAAUCUCAUCGAGGCCAAGGCUAUCACGUUGGCGCCCGAGGUUCCUAGGUCCGCCGCUGCUUAUGAGUUGGGCAUGGGCCCGAAUGGGCAACAACUAGGACACGCCCAUAGUCUAGGAAUGCCGGAUCCAGACGCAGUGGCACUCCUGCAGCGGAGAAAUUUGGGUAUGCGUGAUUAUCUUGCCAGCCUUGCUGAGCUUGGGGUCCUGCCUCCAUCUCAAACGGCGGCCGAGUUUCUUGUCGCAUACGAGCAUGCGCGCUUCUCGACACGGCCACUAUCGGCACGUCGCUUUCGCGAACUCAUGCAACUCUUUGCGGAGCUCUUGCGCUCGAUGGUGCCAAUCGACCCGAUGUUGCUGUACGUGAAUGGUCACGAUGGACACGACCAAGAUGACAAUUCAGAGCAUCGCAUCGGCAGAGAUAGUGAUGGCGGAGCUGCAGGGCGAUCGAGCGAUAUGGACAUAGACGAUGACGCACCCGCGGCUACAGCCACACCAAGCACCUUUGGGAUACCAAGUGACUCUAAUGGCAACAGUGGGAUGCGUGCACACGGCGUUUCUACUCCCCGCAGCUCAAGUCCAUCUAUGUCGAUGCGGACGGACAGCUCGGCAACUACGAGCUCUUCUGGGUCUGGCAGCAGCAAUGCAUCCCAAAUCAGACAUCGACACCGGCGCCGCCGGCAAUUACGGCAUCCUCACGCUGUUCACGCAGGGGCACGCGCCUCUUCAUGGCAGUACAGGACUGCUCCCACGACUCCCAAGGACCUAAGAAUGGCGCCGGGAAAGUCACCUUCUGCGAGGACAAUGGCCACCGCCGCUGCACUGGAGGCGGCGUUCUCGUCCCAACCAUCAUCGUCAUCAUCAUCACCAAGAGUAGGAGCAUCUCCAGAUGCACCAUCCAGGACCAAUUCUCGCAACAGUAUUCCCAGCUUUGCGCAGAGCAGGCAUCCCUAUCCAAUUAGCCAGGCUUCAUCAGGGAGCUUAAGGUCGCUAGCAUCCGGAGGAUCGGUUGUUGUAAGGCUUCGGGACCGGUAG